AUGGUCAAGCUGCUCAAACCUGGACGCGUGGUGGUGGUCCUGAACGGCCGCAUGGCCGGGAAGAAGGGUGUGGUGGUGAGCACCUCCGAAGGGACGAAGGAGCGCCACUUUUGCUAUUGCUUGGUUGCUGGCAUUGAGAAGGCCCCUCUGCGCGUUUCGAAGCGCAUGAGUACCACCAAGGUGCAGAAGCGCAUGCGUCCCAAGGCCUUCAUCCGCUACAUCAACGUUCGUCACCUGAUGCCCACUCGCUACACUGUAAGCAACGAUUUCGACGUGAAGGCCCUCGCGCCAGAAGCUUCCCUAGAAGACAGCGCCAUGCGUAAGUCGGCAAAGAAGGCGCUGGCUAACAUUUUCUACGAGAAGUUUAUGAAUCCUGUCAACGAGAAGGCUGGAAAGGUCUCGAAGGACGUUCUCUUCCUUCGCAAGAAGCUGCGGUUCUAA